AUAUUUGGCAGUAAAUGAAGAGCAAGUGACCAGCUUGAUUGGAUAUUAUGUCGCCAUUUUGUGAAUUCUUGAUGGAAAUGGGAUUAGAGUCGGUGGAAAGCAUGUGAAAGGCUCUAAAGGAGUUUCAUGUCGCAUCUUUUAACUAUAAUCGAAGGAGGACUGGAAACAGUUUCAGGCAGGUUGGAAUGAAGAAAGGGAUAAAUGAAUUUGGUAGCACAGUGAAUAAUAAAUUUGAUUGAAUUGACCCCAGCAUAUUACUACAUUCGUUUCUAUGGCUGUUUUUCCAUGCUACUAUGAGUUGGAAGAAUACAUGUCUGUGAGUGAAAGAUGCCUUUGAUAAAGCGUAUAGUCGAGCCAGUCCAUGUGAGUAAUGUAGGGGUACACCCAGGUGUAAGGAAUGAGUUAGAAUGUGUAGCAAACAACACACUAGCUAAUACUAUUCGCCAGUUGAGCAGCUUGAGCAAACAUGCUGAGGACCUGUUCACUGAGCUGUUUUCAGAAGCCUCUUCUGUGUACAACAGACUUAACCACUUGCAGUCUCGCAUGGAGGAUGUACACAGAAAGGUGAAACAAUUGGAUGCCACUGUUGAAGAAGAUCAUUUUAUGAAAGGAAUACUUUGUGAAAUAACAUCCAAAUAUCCGGAUUUUGAUAUCCGCAAAUUUUCCAGAAUGUCAUUACAAGAUAUACAUCUUCGCAAACCUUACCGAAGCAAUAUUGCCCCUGAUCAACAAGUUGUUUCAAGUUCAACCAUGCCAAAUGCUAUGCGGAUCACUUACCACCAAUGUGACAGGGCUCCAGCUUUGGAAAAACUAGACAGAUUUCGGGAGGAUGGAAAAGAUAGUAUCAAAUUUUAUACAGAUUCUCACUUCUUUGUUGAUUUCUGGUAUGCUGAGAUGCAAAAGGAUAUUGAACAGAAAAAGACAGAAAUUAAAGCAAGAAAAAAGAGAGGUGUUAUUUUCAGUGCAACUUCUAAGGAUAACGUGCGUCCCAAAAUACAAGAAGCCCGGCAUAUUCGCCCUGUAAAAACCAAGAAAGACGAGUAUCAGAAAAUGGCUCUAGGUGUAGAAUUUAGUGAUUAUCAAACUCCUAAUAUUCAUGGCCCUGUCCAAGGUAAAGGCCAUCAUCGCAGAGGGCAGCCACACCAAGGCCACCCACAACAGCCGUAUCAACAGCGCCCCGAUAGCCUUGAGAUAGCUUCGACUCCGACUGGUAGUAUGGGAAUCCCAGAAAUGCUGUACGAUAUGACCAACCCUGAUGUCAUUCCGAAUGGUUAUGCUAGUCAGAUGAAUGGACCGUAUUCGAUGGUGAAUCACACUCCCGGAGGAGAGAACCUGACUCCUGAACACUCAGCAGGGCUUCCAAAUCGAAACAAUGUACAAUAUAUGCAAGGCAAUCAAAUGUCUCCUUCUCAUGCUGUGGGGCACCAUGGAAGAUCCACUGCACGUGCUCAGAACCUGAACAGUGCUAGACCAUCCAGGCCGCCCCCUGAUCCUCCUUCAAUGCCGGGUACACCGAAGCACGACCCAAUAAGGAACAGUCCAAUUGUGAGAGAGAGUCUUCCUCCACCGCCUCUCCCACCAGAUCAACUUGAUGAGCUGUCCGACAGCUACCCAGGAAGUCCCGACACGACUCCUAAGCACGUCUCCUCGAAGACACAGAAUUACACGGAUAUCAACAGUGGUUCACCGGCACGAAGCAGUGACUCGCCAAGCCGUCACCCACCCUACGGGAGUCAAAACCGGACUCCCGACAGUGUGGAGUUUCCCCUACCUCCCUCGCCACCUAGCACCCAUUCCUCCGGCACACCGGUCAGCUUGGAUUCAAUGCCGCCACCCCCCUCUCCCCCACCUCCCAUUGAAACGCUCAGCUCAGUUCCGAUGGCGCCAACCCCGCCGCCGCCGCCACCACCACCACCACCUCCUCCUCCUCCUCCGCCACCACCACCACCCCCUCUGCUGCCGGUUGGUGGGGCUCAAACUUCGAAUUUAUCUGUUGUUAUGCAACCAGAUGCUGUGUCCAUUUCAUCCACCACAAGUUCAUUAACCACAACUUCUCUUGGUUCGGCCGGCAAAGUAGAAGACAUCCUGAAGCCAGCCACUGGACAAGAUCGUAGUGCACUCCUCGAAGAGAUCAGACUUGGCGAAUGGUAUAAGAAAUUACGCCGUGUUGAAGACCGUAAAAAACAAGAACAACAGAAACGACAACCACAGGGAGGCAGGUUCGAUGUUCAAGCGAUCAUGGAUCGAGCAAUAGAAAUCCGGAGGAAAGUUCUUGAAGCUAGUGAUAGUGAAGAAGAAGCAUUUUCCGACGAAAACGAAUGGGAUUCUGAUUAACGAUAACGACGAUGAUAAUAAUAAUAAUAAUAAUAAUAAGGAUAAUAAUAAUAAUAAUGAUGAUGAUGAUGAUGACGAUAAUGAUGAUAAUUAUAAUAACAACAAACAGCAAACAAAACGACGAAAGAUUUCAAAUAAUAGACCCUCUCCCCUUUCCCCUUCUCUGCCCCCACUGGAAAAAGAAAAACAAAUUAUACAAAGCAAAUACAAGUACGCACAUAUAUUAUAUACACAUACAUGCAUGCUUACCAACAUACAUAUACACACGCAAGUACACAUACACAUUCAGUUGGGUGCGUAUACCACAGAUAUCCAUUGUAUCUUUGUCCUUUUCCAUGUGAACUUGGAUCGAAAGUGUUAUUACAAUGACCACCACUACCUAUGAUUAAACAAUGGAUUUGUCCUGCUC